CAAUCUGUCUGGGGUCUUUUGCAGUAUUAUGACGUGUAGUUUUUUUUUUAACAUAUUUUACAUAUUGAGCACGUGUCUGUUACUUUUAUUGGCUUUAUUAUUAUUAAACGCCCAUAUGUAUGUGUUUAAUAUAUAUUUACACAUGUGGGAUGUGUACACGUUUUUAGGAUUUGUUUUUGUUUUGAUUUUUUUGUUCUUUACGUCAACGUGUAAAGCGUGCGUCUGACGUCAUGACGGAAAACGCACCCUGGGCCUGUAGGAAUGCGCAGCCGGCUGAGCUGUAUUAUCGGGAUUCUGGAAUUAACUGUAUUCUAAGAUGUAAUAGAUUGUGUGGCGACGUGAGGCCCCGCCUACCCUGCCUACCCUGACCGCAUGUCACUGAUGGUGAGUUUUGUGUGGGACACAUCAUUAUGUGUCCAAUGAAGAGCUGUUUGACGCAUUUCAUAAUUUGGGAUGCGAGUACAACAUAAAGGUGCUGAAGCAACAUGGAAGUCCCAGCAGAAGUGUCAACAUACAGCUCAUUUGGGUCAUUGGUGUAAAACCAGGCUUUGAAGAGAUUGGAUGCUGAUUCCAAUAUGGAAACUAGUUUUGGUGCUUGGAUAUACUUUUCCUUGUACUUUCAUACUGAAAAGUGAUGCCGCCUGCACAACGACAAAUGAUCAUGGAAAAGCAAAAAUCAUUGAAUAGUGCUGCUUCAUCACAAUUGCGUGGGGAAUCAAAUACAUUCAUCUGUACAGAGUGUGGCGAUGGCUUCAGUAAGUACUCAAAUGUGUUGACCCACAUGGCCAUUCACGGACCUUUAGAGUCAUUUUCCUUUGAUGGCUCAUCUAAUGGCUUUGAAGUCUCUCGAGAAUAUGUGCUACAAGAAAAUGGCACCCUUAUAAUUGUGAAUGGCUUGGUGCAGUCACUUUCUUCAGUGACACCAGUAUCUCCUGAAGUUCUCCCUUCAAAUUUCCCAUCCCCUAUUAAGCCUGCGUCUCCAAACCUAACACCACAACCUACUUCUCAGAGAGAGGUGUUGAGGUCAAGGCCAUCAGAAUUUAACUUGGACAAGUCUCGUCAGGGUCAUUAUCAUUGUGAAAUAUGUAGCAGGUCGUUUAACAACCUGCAGAGCUUACAUCGUCACCAGCAGUAUCGAAACACAGAGCGUGGAUACAAGUGUACGUUGUGCUGUAAGAUCUUUGAAGGUAGACAGGACUUGAGGAGACAUCUUGAAGACCAUGCUAAUGAGAGGUUUCAUUGCUGUAGUCAUUGUGGCAAGCGAUUCCUUAAACUUGAUGCUCUCAAUAGUCAUCAAAAAGAAAAUCACCUGUCCUCCAUGACUUUGAGUAAAUCAGAGACAACGUCAGAGAGACUUUUUGACAAAGUGUACCCUUGUAAGAAGUGCAGUUUAAAUUUCUUCUGGAUGUCAGAUUUUCAGACUCAUUCAUUGUACCAUUGCAAAGGAAAAGAGCCUGACGCAAUCCUUGAAUCAGAAAUGGAAAUUGAAGAGAACUCUAAGUACAUAGAGAACACCACACUUGAAAACUGCCACAGCAAUGGCUCAUAUGUAGAGCCUGAGAAUGGGAAUAGUAAAAUCAUUGAGAACAAUAGAUGUGAGAUUGUUACAGAUACUUGUUUCACUCCAUACAGAUGUGGUUUGUGUGGGGAUCGUUUCCAAAAGUUAACAGCUCUAAAGGAGCAUCACCUAACACAUCAGACUCAGGAGGAAAUUGAUCAGUUGCAUUUAGAAUCUGAAAAAACAUUAAAGCGAAGAAUACCCCCUAGAGGCAAGCGUAGGAGAGGCAGUAAUCCAAAUGGUAAACUACAUCCUUGUAAACAUUGCCAUCGUGUUUUUAACCAUUCGAGUAGUUUAUCUCGACACAUGAGAUACCAUAAGGGUACUAUGCACAAAUGUGGGUUUUGUGGUAGGCAAUUCCCACAGCGCUGUGAUUUGAGAAGGCAUCUUGCUAUGUACCACAAAGCUGAGUUAGAAAAAAAACCAGGUUUAAAACUCUUGUAUUUAGCGCCAAAGAAGCGGCGUAAUUCCAGUUCUCUUAAUGGUGAAAAAUGUCCAAGCUCUCCUGAUGAGAAAACCAACAGCUCUUCUGAUAAAAAACUAUCAUCAACAGCGCAGGAGCCGCAAGGAAAGCCAUCAGGAAAAGUAGGCCGGGUUAACUACAAGUGUCAGGCAUGUGGAAAGAGAUUUGGGCUGUUAUGUGUGUACCAGCGACACCUGCGAUAUCAUAAAAAGGAACCUUCCAAGUGCCCCCAAUGUCCAGCUCAGUUCAGGAAUUCUUCCUCCCUUGAGCUCCACCUUCAAAAUCACUUAAACACUGAAGAUGCAGAUGAUGCAGGACAAAUGUCUCAGUCUACUGGUGCUAAUGAGGACCCUCUAUUAGAAUUGGGCAAUAUGAAGAACAUUCAGGACGACUAUUUGGACCACACUCAGAAUGACAAGGGAACUUCUUCUGAGAUACUUUAUGAAUGCAGUGAGUGCACAGAGACAUUUUCUUGCUUGGAGAUAUUUCUUCAACACCAGACUUCUCAUGGCUCAGAAAAUAAGUGACUAUCAAGUUGGAUUUGUUAUUUUUUAUACUGCCAACAGCAAUGCUCUCAGGAGUUGAGUUUUCGUUUUACUUGUGUUGAUGGCUUUUUUUUUGUUAUUAACUACUUUGCCAUUAUAAAACUGUUUAAACCUAAGAACCCUGAAGUAAAGAAUACAUGAGCAUAACAAAUCCAAGUCCUAAAUUUUAAUUUAAAAGCUGAUAUUUUUGUGUCAGUUGGAUUUUUAAUUGCCUACUUAUGCUGUUAUUGGUCUUUUUUGAGUUUUGUUUUACAUCCACAUACACAAUUUUGAGAUUUGAGUUUAAUUGUGCCAUUAAACUAUACCGAAAAAAUAUGUAUUUGUAUUUUUAACAAAAUGUAAAAUCCCUAAUUUAAUAAAGACUGAUUCUGCCUCCA